AUGUACGGCGAAUACCGCUCCCAAUCCCACCAACGCGGCGAUAGCCCACGCCGCCCAUCUCCCCAUCACGACUCGAGGGAGUAUUAUCGGUCGCGGAAUGGUAACAACGCCAAGGAACAAUCGAGAGGGGCCCAGAAGGGGAUGAACCGAUACUAUUCAAGGAGUCCAGUCCGAGACAGGAGACGCGACUACCGAGGAGGAUAUUACAACCGCGACGAGCUGCAAUAUGACGACGAUGACGAUGCUCAAGGGCGAGAACAGGGCGAGUGGGAUGAGACCGAAGAUAGAGGCCGACAGCGGCGGCGGCGGCGGUCGUUCUCUGAGGACGGUGGCCAUGAUGGGAGAUCUGGCCGGUCUUUAACACCCGUUUCUCGCCCUAACCCUUCCAACACAUUGAUACUGGAGGGCCUACCGAUGGAUGUCAAUGAGGAUGAUAUUCUUGAUGGCUUUGAUGCCUUUACCAACUCAUCCAGGUUCGCCUCGGAUCAGAUAAGAGCCGUCCGGUUACGUACCAACAAGCUGGGCCGGAGGAUAUGCUUCGUCGAGUUCUUCAGUGUCGAUGAUGCCGAAGACUUUAUCGAAAGACACAACUACAGAAUGAGUUUGGAUCUUCCUGUGCCUGGAAGAAGGGAACUCGAGUCUGUGCAAGUCAGCGUCAACUACAGCCGCAACAAGGAGGAUGCUGGCGGGGGCGAUGGACGCUGGACUUGUGUACAUUGCGCUGGUGUCAAUUAUUCACGCCGGAUUGCCUGCUACAAAUGCGGUCGAGACGAGGACGACUCUGGUGCGGGCCCAAUUCUAACUGGCGAGACCGACGAAGCGCCUGCACAUUUACCUUCACAGUAUCUUGUAGUGAGAGAUCUUGAGGGUUCUAUCACCGAGGAGGUCCUCGCCAAGGGCAUUAUGAAGCUCUUUGUUGAUGAAAGCAAGCUUCCAAAGGAGCAAGCUCCGCCAGCUAAGAAGCUCAAGUCUACAGCUCCCGUUGGCAACACCACCAACUUGGGUGCCAAGCCCGGAUCUUUGCGUAGGGUAUUCCUUAUGCGCGACAGGAGGACCAACGAGUCGUGGCGGUAUGGCUUUGCCGAGUUCCGCACUUUGGAAGAUGCUCAAGCUGCCGCGGCCAAAUUCAGAGCGUCGCCAAAGUUCACAAUCUCGUCGAAACCCGUCACAGUUGGUUUCAUCCACACCGGAGUGUUUGUGCCUGUUUUGGAGGCGGAUGACCACGAUUCACCUCCGACGGCCUUUGUCCCGGUCUACAAUCGGGAGGUGAAGCUCAAAUACUGGGACAGCAGGGCAUAUCCGAGUAUUUAUGACGUGAACCGAGAGUCUAGCCCGGAGCCGACCAGUCCGGAAGGCGCCAGUCCAGAGAAGCCCGAUGUUGACUCGAAUGCUACAGUCGACGCGAACGGCAAAAGAGUCAAGAAAGCCAAGGAUAAGGAGAAGGAGAAGGCCAUUGCCAUGGCGCCUCAGAUGCAGAUGUGGGCUAAGAAGCGGGCAGAGCUGCAUCGGGCUGGCAUACAACCAGGCGUCGAAGGUGUCGUGGAGAUGGAAUUGGAUUCCACGGGGGAAGGGGAGACGCAGCAGCAUCAACGAAGGGCUUUCGGUCCCCGUGCGAAGCAUGACAAAGACACAUACGUCAGUUAUGGGAAUGUGGACGACCUGACGUGUCUUUUGUGCAUGCGACGGUUCACCACAGCGCAGGAUCUUCGCGACCAUGAGGUGCUCAGCCAGGACCAUGCCUCUGCGCUACAGGAUACAGACAAGGUUCACAAGGCUACCGCCAGGCUGGAUAGAGUCGGCAAAAAGCCGGAAACUGUGGCACGGCGCACUACUCGCGACAGGUCGGACCCAGCGCCGAUUUAUACGUCAUAUGCGGACCCGGAUGCAAUUUGUUGCUUACUAUGCCGCCGAAGGUUCAAGGGGCUGGCUACUCUACGAUUGCACGAGAGGGAAAGUGAGCUGCACAUGACGACGCUGAAAGACGAAAAGCGUGUGGAGCAAGCCGUGAUCGAGCUCGUCAAGCUUGGCAAAACCCCGAUCCAGAUGAGGCCUAAGGAAAGCGGCAACCAAUAUCGCGACCGAGCCAGGGAAAGGCGCAAGGCUUUUGGACCUUCUACCAAGGCCAAGAGCGGCCAGAACCAAGCAAAGAAGGAUGGCGGCAAAAAGGAAGACACAGCGCCCAAAGAGAAGCAACCAUCCAAGGGUGCGGCGCUGCUCAGCAAGAUGGGAUGGACGGCCGGACAGGGGCUGGGUGCGGAUGGCAGCGGGCGUGCAGAAGCGAUCCGGACCGAGAUGUACAGGCCAGGUGUUGGACUUGGAGCAGAGGGAGGAAAGGUUGGAGAUGCUGCCGAGGCGGCAAGUCGGAACACCAAGGGCGUUUACGACGACUUUGUCAAGGUCACAAAGGAUAAGGCAAGGGAGAGGUUUGAGAAGUUGGAGUAA